AUGACUCGUUUAUUCGUCGUCAGUGUUGGCAAAAGUGUCAUUCAAAUAUUUGAUUUGAACACAUUGACGAAAACUGGUGAAAUUCAAGUUCCAGCAUGUCCACAUGAAAUUAUCGCUGAUUGUUUCCGUGAAAAUCUAGCGUAUGUUAGUAUUCCUUACCGAGAAGGAACUUAUAACGAUCAUCAUGGAGAAGGACAUGAGAUAGUUACCGUUGAUGUUUAUGAAAAUAAAGUCAAAGAUAUUUACAAUCUCCGUCCGAACCAUUUCAAACCACACGGAAUGCAAAUUGGACACAAAACGGGUUAUUUAUACGUUUCUUGUGAAUCGAACAACGGAGAAAUCUUAAAAAUGGAUACAAACAAUGAUCUGGAGAUAAUCUGUUCGAUUCCAACUCACGCUCACGGCCCACAUUGGUUUACAAUACUUCCAUCUGAAACCAAAGCAUAUACAGCAAACAAAGAACUUGCAUAUAUCUCCGUUCUUGAUUUGAAAGCAAAUAAGUAUUUACAUAAAAUUGACGCACCAUUUGGAAGUGAAAAUCUUUGUUGUUCAUCCGAUGGUCAGUUUAUAUUCUUAAGUACAUUGUCAACAUCCACUGAUAUGGCGAUUGUCGAUACAAAAACAGAUGAAAUUGUUUAUCAUAUCAAUCUAGAAUACCCACCUAGCGGUUUUAUCAUUUCACCAGUCAAUCCAUCAUUGAUUUAUGUUCGACACAUGAACGUUGGCUACGAAAACGGUUUUUAUUCCGCUGAUGACGGAUUUUUACAAGAAAUCAAUUUCGAAACGAAGCAUCUCGGAAGAAAAGUUCAAGUCGGCAAAAAUCCUGUAAACAUCAUCGUAACAAAAAAUGGCAAAUUAGCUUUUAUUUCGUGUGGAUUGAGUCAUCGAAUUGACAUUGUUGAUUUAGAUCAAAUGGAACUGAUUGGAAAUAUUCAAACAUCACUUUUUCCACAUGGAUUAAUCUUUGUUCCUUAA